UAAUACAUAUAUCUUACUGGAUGUGCAGACUAGUUUUUGGGAGAGAUGCUGCUCAACAUAAUGCUAUGUGUUGGACCACUUAACCACUAGUUUACCACAACUGUAUGCCUCGCUUGGAUAGCUCAUCUUAUUGGUAGACCAUGCUUUGGUACUCAUGUUUGCACAUGUUAGCAAGCAUACUUGUACUGCCGAGGUGAGGUCAAAGUCGAUGGAUCGAGAUGCCAUCUACUGCGCUCUGCUUCAGAUGUGGUCUGAUGGAGAAAAAUUAACUGAGAGCGUACUCGCAUGUUCUGGUCAAAGCUGGGCAAGAAUUCCCUGAUGCCGCCAAGUGCACGAUAAACAAGGACGUUGCUGGUACACCUUGCCAUUUGUUUACGGGAUAAACAAGAGAUCGCCGGACAUGUUGCCAUGGCGCCGUCUGAUCGGGCAGUUCAUCGCCAAGCAUUUUUUAUAGCUGGAUCCAACAGCUUCCGAGCCUGCAAAUCUGCAUAAAUGUUUAUGCUCGUUCAGGCAGUUGGGUGUCCAGCAUCUCUCAGAGUCUCAUCGGCUUACUAGUACAUCUCUUCUCCGGCGCUAGCUAGCUAUCUCCCUCUUUUCCUCCUGCUCGCGCUUGUUGUUCUGUUCCCAUGGCCAGCCUCGUGCACCAGGCGUCCAUGCCGGCGAGGGCGAUGGCGGCGUGCGACGAGGAGCUGGUGCCGCAGGGCUUCAGCUGCUUCGGCCGCUCGCUGUCGCGGGCGUCGUCGUCGAGCCGGCUGGAGUACAGGGGGCUGCAGCAGCAGCAGCCGGAGCAGGGCGAGGAGAGGCGCGCCGCGCAGGACGCGCGGUCGGCGCGCGCCAAGCUGCGCUGGAAGGCCGUGGCGCAAGAGAUCAUGGCCAAGGGCGGUGGCAGCGGCGCGCGGCGGAGGAGGCAGCAGCAGCAGCAGCUGGCGGCGUUCAGCUACGACUCCCGGAGCUAUGCGCUCAACUUCGACCAGGGCGCCGCCGAGUAGCAGCGCGCCUUCCCUGCCUGCACGCCGCCGUCUGACCCGGCGUGCGGAUCUAUCGGAGCCUGAGGCAGACGCGCGAUGGCGUGUGCGUGGGCGCAUGCACGGCGAGCGGCCGGCGAGCCGGCGCUGAUGACCCACCACCACCAGUAUAACGCGUCGCGUGUACGGCCCCGGGAAGGGCACGCAUGCCCUCUUCCGGUCGGUGCUGCCCGAUACGCGAUCGUGCUGUGGGGUGGGUCAGGCCGGGCCGCUGCAGAGCGGAGGUGGAGGACGCGAUCGUGGCGCGGCGCAAAGGCGGAGGCCGACAUGCCGUCGCAGGUCGGCACGGUGCUCCGCGUUCGUCCUCCACUGAUGCUUUAAUGUUUCUACAGUGUUGAGAAAAGCAUUGGGGAACUGGGGAUCACCGUACCAAACUAUGAGGAGUGAAAUAGCUACUGCUAGCUUUCGUUGGAAUGUUGCAAGGGAAUCUGUUUCGAGUUUGUGAGAUCAUUGUGUUUUUGCCACUGAGGAGUGAAACAAAGCAUCUGCGCACUGCGCUA